UUGUCUCUGUCAACACGAGUCUAAUAUGGCGGCCAAGAAUGUUGAGGAAGGAACUUCUCUGAGAGAUAUCUUUCAAAAAGGAUUCAUUUUACACAGUCAGUUAGAAGAUUAUGAUGAGCCAAGCUCAUCGGAGAUAUUUCAGAACAAGGUCACCACAGCUGUGAAUCAUUUUGUCCAAGCAACAGAAAUGGUCAAUAGUUUGGCUCUAUUUAGUAGAAAUGAAGAAUUAUCUGAAGUUCCUACUUCUGAGUUAAGAUUCCUUUUGCUACCUGCAUUUCUUGGAGACCUCUUUCUUAAACAAACGGCUUCUGAUAGAAUGACUACUCUUAACAUUACAAAGGUUUAUUUUAUAGACUAUUUAAAGAGAUGCAAGAAUUAUGGGGUCAUAGAUAUGGACCUGUCAAGAUACACAGAAACAUCAAGUUCUUCAGAAAUGAAAGAAAAAAGUAUCAAUCAAAUGGCAAAUAGUCGACAAGAAAAAAUAACAAGAUAUAAAGAACAAAAAGAACAGGAAAGACAGCUUAAGGAACUAAAAAACAUCCUAAAAGAAUCAUCUACAGGUGAUGAAGAUGUUCAGAGGAACUAUUAUGUUGUUCUGUUGAAGCUGUGGGUGAGUAAGGUUGUGGAGCAUCUUACAAGUCUGCAAAGUGAAAUGGAAAUCCUUGAACACAUGAAGGUACUAAAGGGAAAAGGAAACGACCGUAAUCAAGAAAACAAGCCCCUUGCUGCUGAGUCUCAACAGGGCUUCAAACCAAUCCUGAUAACAAGGGAGAUGAUUAAGGACAAAGUGUUUGGUGCGGGCUACCCCAGUGUUCCUACCAUGUCACAAGAGGAAUUCUUAGAAAAGGAAAUUCUAGAGGGAAAAGUUGUGUUGGAUUAUAAAGAUUGUUACGUCCCCUAAAGGAGCCAUGGCAAGGAAGGCUCAUCAUUUACAAUAGCAAUAGUUGGUAUGAGAUAGGAAUGAUCGAUUGAUACGUGAAGUGGCCAUAUCCUUUUGUGUUUAUCAGAUAACUUUUUUAAUUCCAUUACUUCCAAACACAAUAACCACUACUUGAAGUCCUUGAAUUUUAUCAGUUCUUCUAAGCUCACAACUUCCCAUAUUUUCGCAGACGAAUUCGGGUCAAAUGGAAGCUUUGGUUUAUAUAUCCCAAAGGGGAGAGCAUAUGGUCCCAGGCACAAUAUAAUUAACAUGCACUAUGAUUUCGUACUGUUGAAAUUAGGAUAGACAAAAGAGACAAUAAAUGUCUUUUACUGCCACUCUGAGAUUGGCUUAUAGCCUAGUCCAAAGUGGUAGCCUUCCAAACUUAAGUUACCCAGUCAUUUCCCAAACUGAACAAUACACAGUUUUAUCAUAUGGCUUGUUCUUGUAGCCGAUAUAACGCGCGGCCCGAUUGGCUAAUUGUAGGGCAUUAUUCUCAAGUAUGCCCACGGGCCGAUUACAGGCUUGCAAAAACAAAGCAAAAAACGGAUUGAAAUUGAGAUUGACGCGGUUUGAGAUUUUCCCGUAAAGGUUAAUAAGUAGUUAGUAUAAAAUCUUACUACAAGCAAUGUUCUUAUCUUUCGUAUUUAUUAGUGGACAAAAGCGGAAUGAGAAGAAGUCGAGUGAUGAAGAGUCCGAAAGUGAGGACGACCCAGAUAAACUUCAGAAGAAGAGGGACUGGGAUGA